AUGUGUAUUUUCAUUACAGCAAUGAAUACAUAUAUACUGGACAACUUAAUAAUAAUCUGCUUUAAAAUGCAAUCUAAAAUAUUGACUAUUUUUAUUACCAAUUGA